UUUUUUCUUUCUAAGGAACAAAACAAACUUGUUACAAAUUCCUUUCCCCUUUUUUCUACUAUAGCACUUUCUUGAACAUUCUUCUCUGUUAAUUUCAAAACCAGCCAACAAAACAACUCCCUUGGUUUCAAACCAAACACCAUCUAUAAAAAGCAUAUAGUCAGUCUAAAAUUAUUAUCAACAUCAGUGAAAGAUGGCAAAAACACACCAAGUUGGAGUAGCCAUGGACUUCUCUCCUACCAGCAAAUUAGCACUUAGAUGGGCCGUUGAUAAUCUGAUCAACAAAAAUGAUCAUAUCAUCAUGAUCAUCGUUCAACCUCCCUCGGCUGAUCACACCAGAAAAGAACUUUUUGAAAUUACUGGUUCACCUUUGGUGCCUCUAGAGGAAUUGAGGGAAAUAAACUUUACAAAGCAAUAUGGGAUUGCCAAGGAUGUUGAAGUCAUAGAUAUCCUUGAAACUGCCUCCAAGACCAAAGGGGCAAAGGUAGUUGCAAAGGUGUAUUGGGGAGAUCCAAGGGAGAAAUUAUGCAGUGCUGUGGAAGAUCUUCAUUUGGACUCAUUGGUUGUUGGAAGCAGGGGUUUAGGUACCAUUAAAAGUGUGCUGUUAGGAAGUGUUAGCAAGCAUGUGGUUACAAAUGCUUCUUGCCCUGUCACAGUGGUCAAGGGAACGCAACCUUCAAAGUCUAGGAAUUGAUACUAUUAAUAUUUACUUAUGGUUUAUAUUCAUAUGAUAAAAAUAAAUCACUUAAAGUAUUGUACCCUUUGAAUAGCUUUGGCUAGCUUGAAUACUUGUUUUUUUUGGCUUGUUUGUGUGUAAAUAAUAUAUGAAUUUGCGUAGUACUCCCUCCCUCCCAUAAUGAGUGACCUAUUUAGAAUAAAAUGAUGUCCCAAAAUGAAUGACCUAUUACAAUUUCCAAUAAACUUUUUUCAUUUCUACCCUCUAAUUAUUAAAAGUUUCAUCAUUCCCAAUACAUAAUAAGGGUACUAUAGUAAAAAUAUUAUUCUCUCUCUUACUUUUAACCACUUUUCUUAAUAUGUGUGAAAUGGUAGGCUGAGUCACUCAUUGUGGGACGGAGGGAGUA